GACGUUCUGCUUUCUCUCCUCCCUUUUUGUUUCCAAACGCAGAGUGGCGGAUGGAGCGCACGAGGUAUCGCGUCGAUUGUGACGCCAAGAAAUGGAACGCGGAGGAGAGGGACGGGGCGGGGAGGCUUCCCCUCCUACAGCCUGGGAGUGGAUCCUGCUUGGGAUCGGCUGCCUCUAAAGCUGGGCGAUUUGGGCCGAAAGUCGUUCUAAAGCAGAAGCCCUGCGGUAAAGGCAGCAAUGCAAAAGGAUCCGUGACCCGGCGUUCUUUCUUAGCGCCCCCGUGUUGCCAAGUCUUUCAUUUCAGGCGAUCUCCUUGGAAAGCUUUACACGUUCGUUCAUUCACACGUCUUGGAUCAAAGAAUCGGUGAGGGAGGGAGGGAGAGAAGGAAGGAAGGAAGGAAGGAGGGGCGCGCUCAUGGAACUGGCCACAAAACCUGUAGGGCACUACAUUCCGCAGUCGGUGUAGAGACUUAAAGGAAAAGCCAGGAAGAUCGGGGGCUGCUUUGCUCCGCUCUGGCCAGCCAGGCAACGGGGCUCGUCCAGCGGUCGCUAGAGGGAGGUGUGGUAUAGAGAGACCCGCCAAGGCGACGGCUGCUGGAAAGCGAGCAGAAAGGACAAGCUGCCGGUCGGGCUUCCCUUGCCUUGAAUCGAGCGCAAGAGUCCCCCGGAGGCGCCGCUGGCGAGGCAGCCCUCGGGAAAGAAGCGCUUCGGGGGAUUCCCGGUAGAAAGGAGCGGCAUCUGAGGUUGCCCGAGCAGGGGCAAGGGUGUCAUCCUCCCUCGCCUCUCCUUCGUCCCGUUCCCUAUUAAAUCAGCCUGAGGGCUGCUGUUUCUCCCGCGUAAGCGCAGGCUUUGCUCGGCGGCUUGGGGUUUCCAUUUUGGAUGAGAGCGUUUCCGUAGCCAGCUCUACCCGGAGAGACCCCCGAAGCGUGCGCGCCGAGAGAGGGAAGUUCGCGGAGAAGCCCGACCCUGCCUCCCCUCCGGCUCACCUCCCAAACAAACAAGCCAGCCGGAAAGUCUCAAGAAGCUGCCAAGAAGGAGCGUGGCUGAGAGACUCGCCCGGAGGAAAAGAGGAGGCGGAGGAGAAGAAGAAGCGCCUUUGCCCUCCCAUCUUCCGCCCUGACCGCCUCCCCUUUGCUGAAUCCACCUUCCCUCAGUCCUCUUCUUCUUCGGAAGCGCCAGGGGCUGCAAGAGCCGGACUAAGGAUGGCUUCAACCGCAACCUGCACCAGGUUUACCGACGAGUAUCAGCUCUUUGAGGAGCUUGGAAAGGGAGCUUUCUCAGUGGUGAGAAGAUGCAUGAAAAUCACUACAGCACAAGAAUAUGCUGCCAAAAUUAUCAACACUAAAAAGCUGUCAGCAAGGGAUCACCAGAAAUUAGAGAGAGAAGCUAGAAUCUGUCGCCUUUUGAAGCACCCUAAUAUUGUGCGACUUCAUGACAGCAUAUCAGAAGAAGGAUUUCAUUACUUAGUCUUUGAUUUAGUUACUGGAGGUGAAUUAUUUGAGGACAUUGUUGCAAGAGAAUAUUACAGUGAAGCAGAUGCAAGUCAUUGUAUACAGCAGAUUCUAGAAAGUGUUAAUCAUUGUCACCUAAAUGGCAUAGUGCACAGAGACCUCAAGCCUGAGAACUUGCUUCUAGCAAGCAAGUCAAAAGGAGCAGCUGUAAAACUGGCAGAUUUUGGAUUAGCAAUUGAAGUGCAAGGUGAACAACAGGCCUGGUUUGGUUUUGCUGGUACACCAGGUUACCUUUCCCCUGAGGUGCUACGAAAAGAUCCCUACGGGAAGCCGGUAGACAUGUGGGCCUGUGGUGUUAUACUCUAUAUCCUCUUGGUGGGAUACCCUCCCUUUUGGGAUGAAGAUCAACAUAGACUCUAUCAACAGAUCAAAGCUGGUGCUUAUGAUUUUCCUUCCCCAGAAUGGGAUACGGUGACCCCAGAAGCAAAAGAUCUUAUCAACAAAAUGCUUACAAUCAAUCCUGCCAAACGCAUCCAUGCAUCAGAGGCCCUCAAACACCCAUGGAUCUGUCAACGCUCUACUGUUGCUUCUAUGAUGCACCGGCAGGAGACUGUAGAUUGUUUGAAGAAGUUCAAUGCAAGAAGGAAACUCAAGGGAGCCAUUUUAACAACAAUGUUGGCUACAAGAAAUUUCUCAGCAGCCAAGAGUUUAUUGAAGAAACCUGAUGGAGUAAAGAAAAGGAAGUCCAGUUCGAGUGUUCAGAUGAUGAUAAACAACAAAACCAACGUAGUAACCAGCCCUAAAGAAAAUAUUCCCACCCCGGCGCUGGAGCCCCAAACUACAGUAAUCCACAAUCCAGAUGGAAAUAAGGAAUCAACAGAGAGUUCCAACACAACCAUUGAAGAUGAAGAUGUAAAAGUUCGUAAACAAGAGAUCAUCAAGGUUACCGAGCAGCUGAUAGAAGCUAUCAAUAAUGGGGAUUUUGAAGCCUACACGAAAAUCUGUGAUCCUGGUCUGACCUCAUUUGAGCCUGAAGCUUUGGGAAAUCUUGUAGAAGGGAUGGACUUCCACCGGUUUUAUUUUGAAAAUGCUUUGUCUAAGAGCAACAAGCCAGUCCACACCAUUAUCCUGAAUCCCCAUGUCCACCUGGUAGGGGAUGAUGCUGCCUGCAUUGCAUAUAUCCGACUGACUCAAUAUAUGGAUGGAAGUGGAAUGCCAAAAACGAUGCAGUCAGAAGAGACACGGGUUUGGCACCGCCGGGAUGGAAAAUGGCAAAAUGUUCACUUUCACCGUUCAGGAUCACCAACCGUCCCUAUCAACUAAUGUCAGUGCCACCCACUUUGUGUCCGCGCACUCCGCACUUGGUUGGCUCCCCUGGGCCAUCCCUUGGCUCUCUUCAUGCAUGUUCUCCGAGUGCAUGAAGCUGUGAAGUUUCUUCAAGUGAUUGCAUCAUUUUGUUGUAUAUUCCAUUGAUAGCUUUUGUUUACCCUUCACUGAAGGAAAUGUUUCAUGGCAGUUGGAAAGAGAGGUACAAGAAUAAAGUAUAAAGGGAAAAAUUGAAAUGUGAGAGUAUAUUCAGACUAUACAUCUCCAGCCAAAAUACAAAUAUCAUCUGCAUGUGCACCCUAUAAAAACAAAGGUUAAAAAUAAUUAACUUUGUUUUAAUUUUUAUUCUUUUCUGAGUCAUUUGUUUUUAAAGGUUGUUGCCUAAUCCUUGUGUCAUAGAAGGAUUAAUAAAAUUCCUACAAACAGCAUCUUUAAUGUAAGAUGUAUGGUAGACAUAGUGACUUAGACCAAAGCAUUUUGGUUUGAGAUCUUGGGAAGCUGCCUUUGCUAGGAUUCACUAUGUAUAACUGGAAGAAGAAGAAAAAAGGAGAAAAUUUACAGAUUUGACUUUAACAAGAAUAAUUUGUCACUGCAGUCAUUUGUUCAGGAAAUGUAACGGCAAAUAGUUUUUUCUUUCUUUUCUAAUUGCUUAUUCAGCAUCAUUUUGAGGAAAAAAAACAGCAUUUUUAGCUUUCAGAAGCCAAACAGUAAACAGAUUCAAUGUAGCUUCUGAUGAUAUAGCUUAUGGGUAAAAUAAAACUUUUCUUAAUCAUUUUUUGGAUGUACAGUACAUUUAUUAAAGCAAGAUGUAGAGGAUUUUUUAACUGAUAUUCUAAUAAGAUGUGUAGCAAUCUAGAACAAUUAGGUCUUAAAAGCUUAGUAUCAGAAGUCUAAAUUUUCUUUGUAUCAAUUUAUUACCAGGAAACACCUGUUUUCUAAUAAUGUUGUCAAAUUUAACAGUAAUUUAUCCAUUUUUCAUGGCUUGUUGACAGCCUUGAAAGUCUGAAAUAAAACAGUAAUUGUAGAUUUAUUAAUUUCUUCAUUUUCCUACAUGUCAAAGUCCCUCAAAUGUCUAUUACUGCAUGUAUACCUGCAAAACAAGCAGUUGAACACAUUAUUUGGAUGUUUGUUUGCUUUUCUUAUAUAAAUAUAAAAUUAUAUUUCCAAAAGUACUGCUCCUUCUAUUUCAGUUUUUCUUAAAAAAAUGUAUUAAUACUUUUCUUUCUUAUUAAAAUAUUUUUCUUUCAUUAAGUGGGGCAAUCAAUUUUCGUAACACUGUAUAGCGCAUGAUAUUUUGAUUAAUAUUCUUUUUGGUAAAUAAAAAUUUACAACUUAUAACAGCUUGAAAAUUUUUAAAGACAGAGGAAAAAAAGUCCCAAUUUGUAUAACUUUCAUUUCUCUAUACUGAUUAUUAAUCAAAAGUGGAUCUUAUUCUUUAUACCUUGAUAUUGUAAACAUUAUGUUAGAAAAAUUUAAGCUUUUCUGAUGAUAGUUAUUAUAUACUUUCAACCCACAGAAGUAUUGAGAACAAUCAUCAGUAAUUGUCUUAAGCCAUAUUAAUCUGCUAGUGGGAUCUGUGAAAAGAUAAUGGCCUCAUGCAUAAUUUUUAUUAAUAAAUUUCUUUUGUGAAGCAGAUUUAGGUGGCAUUAAUGUAUUUUUACGUUAUAGAAAUAUGGCAUAGAUUUUUUUUUACUCUUUUACCAUAGCAUGCAGUGAUGCCAUAUUAUUCUAGAUCGUCUGUCUUCCACACUGAGAUGUGAGAAAUACAAUGUGAGUUAGUUCUCUGCACUCCACCUGAAUUAUACAUCUAAUUUUUGCCAUUUUAAUACACUGCAGUUUACUAUGAGACAGUGUAUAGGUAUUUGUGUGUUUAUACAUAUAUGUCUCUGUGUGUACACAUAUAUAUGUGUGUAUGCAUAUAUAUGUACAUAUGUGUGUGUGUGUGCGCGCGUGUAUCUAUAUAUUGAUAUAUUGAUAUAGAUAUAUAGAUAUAUAUCUCCUGCCAUAAUGGUAAAGAACUGACAGAUAUAUUUAAGAAUUAAUAAAUUUGUGAUUUAUGCUGA